GACUCUUUUUCAACGAGAACGGCCAUCUUCUCUCUCCGGGCUUGAGAAGACAAGUGUUACAACAGAUAUGGCUGACUACUCGAACGUGGCUCCGCCGUCGGGAAAUGGCGCCGGAAUGAACGACGCUUUUAAAGACGCACUUCAGCGAGCUAGACAGAUCGCCGCUAAGAUUGGUGGUGACGGCGUUCCCGCGGCGCCCUCGGGUAAUGAGUUUGGCUACGGAGGCCAGAAGCGACCCCUAGAAGACGCCGAUGACUGUUGGACCAGUCUAAACAGUAGAACCCACCGGGAAGGGAUGAACUCUCCUUUCUCAGACCAACCAGAGACCAAGAAGGUGGCACCGAAUGACCCGUUCUCAGCAGCGAUGGGAAUGGGAGGAAUGGGAGGUGGUGGACCACGGUCGUCAUCAGAGGAGUUCAAGGUUCCUGACGGGAUGGUUGGAUUCAUUAUUGGAAGAGGAGGAGAACAGAUAUCCCGCAUGCAGCAAGAGUCGGGAUGCAAAAUCCAGAUCGCCCCCGACAGUGGAGGAAUGCCUGAUAGGUCAGUCACACUGACAGGAUCCCCAGACUCAAUACAAGCUGCUAAGAGGCUGCUGACGGAGAUCGUUGAUAAGGGUCGUCCUACUCCAGCCUUCCACCACAACGACGCCGGUGGCCCCGGUAUGUCUGUCCAGGAGAUGCUGGUCCCUGCCUCCAAGGCUGGCCUGGUCAUCGGGAAGGGGGGAGAGACCAUCAAACAGCUGCAGGAGAGGGCCGGGGUCAAGAUGGUGAUGAUCCAGGAAGGGCCUCAGAACACAGGAGCAGACAAACCUCUACGCAUCUCUGGGGAACCUUUUAAAGUCCAGCAAGCCAAAGACAUGGUGAUGGAGCUGAUCAGAGAGCAGGGCUUCAGGGAGCAGAGAGGAGAGUAUGGCUCCAGGAUGGGUGGCGGCGGAGGAGGUGAGGGCCUCGAUGUUCCUGUCCCCAGGUUUGCGGUAGGAAUCGUGAUCGGGAGAAACGGAGAGAUGAUCAAGAAGAUCCAGAGCGACACAGGAGUCAGGAUCCAGUUCAAACCAGACGACGGCAGUACCCCGGAGAGGAUAGCCCAGAUCGUGGGUCCUCCUGAGCAGUCCCAGCAUGCAGCAGAGAUAAUCUCUGACCUUUUGAGGAGUGUCCAGCAGGGGGGGCCGGGCGGUCCUAACGGAGGGGGCAGGGGUAGAGGCAGGGGGGGUAACGGGGGUGGUAACUGGAACAUGGGUCCUCCAGGAGGAUUGCAGGAGUUCACCUUCACCGUCCCUACCAUGAAGACUGGACUCAUCAUCGGCAAAGGAGGAGAGACCAUCAAGGGCAUCAGUCAGCAGUCUGGAGCGCGUAUUGAGCUCCAGAGAAAUCCUCCCCCCAACUCCGACCCCAACAUUAAGAUGUUCACCGUCCGAGGAUCUCAUCAACAGAUAGACUACGCUCGGCAGCUGGUCGAGGAGAAGAUCGGGGGUCCAGUCAGUCCAAUGGGUGGUCCCCAAGGUCCUCCAGGCCCCCACGGAGGUCCGUCUCCCCACGGCCCCCCCGGUCCUCCUGGGCACCCUGCUCAGAUGGGCCCCUACAACCCCGGCCCCUACAACCAGGGACCACCAGGACCACAUGGUCCUCCGGCUCCCUACCAGCCUCAGGGUUGGGGCAACGGCUUCCCUCACUGGCAGCAAGGACAGCCUGAUCCUGGUAAAGCUGCAGCUGAUGCCAACGCAGCGGCCUGGGCAGCGUAUUACUCCCAGUACCAGCAGCAACCCCAGGCCCCCAUGACGCCCACCGGCGGUGCCCCUGGCACCACACAGGCCAACGGGCAAGGUGACCCCAAGGGACCUGGGCAUACUGGGCAGGCCGAUUACUCCAAGGCCUGGGAGGAAUAUUACAAGAAAAUGGGGCAGCAAAGUCAGCAACCACAGGACUACACCAAGGCCUGGGAGGAGUACUACAAGAAACAAGGUCAAGCGGCCCCUCAGGCGGGAGCAGCACCAGGUGGUCAGCCAGCCGGUCAGCCAGCCGGUCAGCCGGACUACAGUGCUGCCUGGGCAGAGUACUACCGUCAGCAGGCUGCUUACUACGGACAGGGCAGCCCACAGGCCAUGGGGGCACAGCCACAAGCACCUCAGGUACACCCCCAGUAAGACUUGUACCGUCCUACCCCCGGUUCCCGUUGUCUCCUCGCACCACCCUUGUUUGACUUCUCCACUAUUUUUUGUUUCCUGUAUUGUCUGUCGUGUCUUAAAAAAAAAAAAAUGGCCGCUGUGACUGUAGCCCUCAUUUCAACUCCCUUGCUGUGUUUUUUUUAUUUUUAUAAAGCCCUGUCUCUAGCUCGUCUGUUUUUGUCGUUAACCCCGUUCCUUCCUCAAGGUGUUCUAGGGGGGAAGCAGAGGAGUCGGUGUGGCCCGCGAGAAGAAACUAAAGCUAGUUACUCUUCCCUCUUUUUUUUACAUUUUAAAACAGGGUUAAUAUGAUGUAUGGAGAUGCUGCGUCCGUGGGUUCUGCUGUUAACAUGGCCUGUGUUUCUAUGUAUUUCUUCUGCACAGGGCCAGUAAUGUGAAGUGGACAUAAAGUAAAUGCGACAUUGUGGAAACAAAAACCCUUUGUUAAAUGUGUUGGAUGGUGCAGAUGCCUUGAAGAUCUUAAUUUCCCCCUUUGGUUGGUUGUUUUCAAGUGUUUCACAAUAAUGUGAUGGCAGCAGUCUACCCGGAGACACAAACCCUUCAUCCUUUGCUAUCUUUUUGGUUUUUCUACUUUUUUUUCCCCUUGUAAAUGAACGGUUUUGGGUUUUUAGUGAGGUAAUUAUAUGUUCAUUCCAGCCCCAUGUAUCUUCAUGCUAUGUGGUUCAAGAGCUCCUGUUAUUUAGCUAGUUUACCAUGGAAAAUCAUCUCCGUUUUUAAAUAAUAUGCCUGUUGUGUUUUGCAAUAAAACUAAGUGAAACCUCCUGUGUUGGUAAGUUGGGUUGGUAAUAACUAUUACAAUUUGAACUCUACUUCAAAUCGUGUACUUUUUUUUGUGUUAUUUUGUUUUACAAUGUUCAGUUUCUCUCCAACUCUACACAGCUCCUGGUAACUUAGUACAAUGUUUUUAGAUGUGUCCUUCACUCUGACUUUUUGACUGGGGGGGGGGCUAGUUUCGGUGUUCCCCAAGGUUCUGUUUUAGGACCACUAUUGAAUAGAAUAAUUUACCUGUCUUUACUCUUGGUUAUAUUAGUCUUUGUUUUUUCCCCCUACCUCUCCGCCUGUAUUACAGGACUAGACUGAUGUUUCUUAUACCAUAAUGUAGUAUUAGUGGCAUAAUGUUAUGAUACAUCUGGACUCAUGCAUUACCCGAAGUGUUUGGUUGUUGUGGCAUCUCUGUCAAACAACUGAUCGAAUCUUGUCUGUUAUAUUGACUGGCUGGUUGAGAAUGAAAUGGUACCCUAUUUCCUGUUUAGUGCACAAGGCUCCCUUAAAUUUAGUGCUCUAUAUAGGGAAUAGGGUGUCGCCAUUGGAGACAUCCUGAAGCCGACUUUGUUGAGGUAACGUUAGUGUGCUGCAUUGUUUUCAUAUAAAAAGAGUAACUUCCUCCUUCACAGCCAAGCUUAGACAAGCGGUAAGCAAAGCAAGUGUAUAUAUAUAUAUAUAUGGAGAGAGAAAUAAUUUAAUCCGAAAUGUUCCUCAGAAAAUGUGACUCUCACUGUCGACAUGUUGCUUUAGUUUAUUAUAGGUUUGGUUUUGCUGCUCCUUGUGUCUCUUCCAGGAUUGUUCUGCUGUAUUGCAUUGCAUUCAAACGUUUGUUUCUCUCUCCCUCCCCUCCCCCCUCUAAAAUGUAUACAUUUCCUGGCCUUUUGAUACUAUAAAAGAACGUGACAUGCAAAAGUGGUAUUUUUAUUUUUGCUCUGCCCAUGCAUUGUUCUGUUAGUUUACCCAACGGAAGGAACGUAGGUUGUCUGUAGGGCCGAGGGGUGGUCUGAGCUGGUCUGAGCGGUACCAUCAGCCAACAGGGUUGACCUCUGACCUCCUACUCUGUAAGUACAAUACUGUGACUAUAUAUAACAAACCCAGUUAUUUUCUGGCUGUCAAUGUAUUUCUUUGACUGAUGAUUACAAAACUUAUUGUUUCUGUCAAAUUGCAUAUUUUUUUUCCUUAAAAAAAAAUACUGGGUAAGUAUCAAAAGUUAUGAUAAAGUACAGUAUCUUGGAAUUGUCAUUUAGAAAUUAUAACCAUUUAACCAUUUGGACAUAGAUUACAUAGAAUAUUGCAUUGUAGUUCAAUCUAGGCUCUGUUUUUUUUAGGUAGGAACGUGUUCUGUCAUAAUACCAGUUGGACUGUUCUGUUGGAACUCUGAACUGAAGGUUCUGUUCCUUGCGAUGCAGAAUGCUUUGCGCAGUGGUUCAUUUAGGAAUGUUAGAAAUCGUUAACGUGAUUUUUAAAAUAUUUUUAGAUAACAAUCCGUUUUAUUUUUUUCAAGUGCCAUUGCUUAGCCAGAACAGAGAUGUAAUUAUGAAUUUAUUUCAUCAAUAUUUGAAAAAGCAAUGCCAUUUGAUAAGUCUCAAGAAUUGAGUUACUAUUAGAGAUGCAUAUAUAUUUUUCACUGCAGUAAUGGUGUGAUUCAGUCUGAAAUGUUCUAGCUCCCCCCCCCCAUAGUAGCAUUUUGAAGUUGUUUCUAUGCUGUUUAUUGAUGUCUCCAGCAUGUUGGCUUGUCAUUCAGUAGAAUGUUCUACAAGUGCUUCUGAUUUCUGAGUGAUACAGUUAUUCCAUGGACGUUUCCCAUUCUAUUGCUAUUGAGUACUGUUCUGAAACAAAACCUAUAAGGCUGUUUUGAACUGAAAUGAGUGGCAAACGGUGCAAAUAUCAUAUGUGUGAUCUUUGCAGUAUCACUGUCAUCCCAGACCUCGAUCCCCUUAGGUUCUGCUGCGGUCACACAGGUAAGCGACCCUAAGGAAAACAGCUGUGUUCUGACCUAUCAUAUACAGGAUAUAUAUUUACACCCAGAUGGGGAUCCGUUUUAUACUCACUUGAAUUUGCCUGAUUUUAUAUUUCUGCUUACCUGUGCUGUGUAGUAACACUAGCUGUGCUCCUGAUAUUGAGUCAUGUCCAGGUAGGAUUCGUAGUGAUAUCAACAGCUGUUUUUUGUUUGUUCAUAGAGUAUAUUGAUGAUAGUGCUGUGAUUUGAUGGUGAUGAAUGAUUUGCAUGGUUUCAACAUGAGUCGUAUGGUUUGUUAAGGAGCGGCAACGUUUUUUUCCUCCUAGGCCAAUUGCAAUGUGGUUUGAUGGCUUUUCCCACCUGACUUAUCGUAGUACAAUUUUGCAACAAAAAAAAAGGCGUUCUCUCUACAUGCUGUUUUAAGUUCUCAUUUUCUGAGGUCAUUUUGUUAUCAUGAGGCAUAUUAUAACUCAUAACUUGGUAAGUCUCUGCAGUGUGAUCUUUGAUGCAUAGAGCUCGAGCCCUGUACUUUUACAUUACUAUAAAACUGCAAACAGGCAACUCGGUCUGUCAUAAAGCCAGCCCUAUGUGCAUAUAUAUAUAUGCGUACGUAUUAGUAAGUCUACAAACGUCUAUGAAAGUACACCUGCAUAUGAUGCUCAAUGCUGUUCAACUGACUCAUUGGUGUUGACUGAAAGCUGUAAACUUGAAUAUGCAUUCUAUAUUGCCGCUGCCACAGUGCUGUAAUGGUAUUCUCAUAAAACCCUGCUGCCUGCCUCCUUCCACCUCUCACUCAGAUGCUGUUGGAAGCCAGAGAAGGUUCUAGAAGCCAGCGUAGGUUCUAGAUUCAGGAACAGGAACCUGUAAGUUUGUCCCUACCGUAAAGGAGACUACUCUGAGAGGCAUCCUUUGAGGCUGAUGAUCAAGGUGUAGGUGACCAUUCGAGAGCGAGUUCCAGAUAAGGUAAACAAAGCAAUGAAAUACAGAAUUGUGUGAUUUGCUCAAGUUUACCAUGCUGUUUGCUAGUUAGGGCUGUAUUUUUAGUCCAGGUUUCCCCUCGUCUCGUUUAAAAAAAAAAAGGUAACAUGUCGUAGAAUUAUUGCAAGUUGUCUAAAUGAACUGAUGUCUAGUGUUUCUCCACAUGUUUUCAUGAUGAUUCUAUUGAAUGCCUUCCUUUGCCUGCUCACCCGCUGGGUUGUGUCCCAAAUAGAACCCUAUUCCAUACAGUGCCCUGUAGGCUCUGGUCUAAAGUAGUGUACUAGAAAUGCCAUGGGGUUCCAUUUGGGAUGUAGCCACUGUCAUAACUAGGCCUUGUUGCAUAGUUGAAGUCACCAAUGCUUGUCAUCAGGAUUCUGAAGUGUCCCCCAUUUUUGGUUGCAAAUGCUCCUAGAUAUUUUGUUGUGCGACGUGACUGGUUUUAUUUUGGGUGCACCAGUGUGACCAGGUAAAUAAUCGCCCAGAUAAUACUGGUCAUUUUUUUAUUUGACCUCUUAUUUAAGUAGGCAAGUAAGUUAAGAACAAAUAUAUAUAUAUAUACAUACAGUGACGGUGUAACCCAAUUUUUCUGCGCCCUAUGGGACUCCCAAUCACGGCAGGUUGUGGUACACCCUGGAAACGAACCAGGGUCUGUAGUGACGAGAUGCAGUGCCUUAGGCCGCUGCGCCCCUCGGAAGCUCUAAACUGGCCAGUUGUUUCAGACUGCCCUGGAGGAGAAAGCGAGCGCAGAUUCAUACCAUCUAAAGCCUACGUGUAAAGAUUAUUAAAGAAUACAUCAGUAAUUUCUAUUUCUUGCAAAUUUCUGACGACCUAACGGCUGUCGGCUGCUUUGUGUAGCCAGGUAGAUGCCCAAAUAGUAAUUUCUACAUUUUCCAAUAACUUUACAAAUUAGAUGUUAACUGCAACGUAGGCUUAACUGGCAUCGUGAUAUAAUGUCAGGGUCUUUUGUUUUGCGAACAGGUGCGCAAUUGAAAUUAUUAAGGGAAACUAUACAUAUUUUCUUCCCCAGACUACUUAAGUGGGCUGCUGAUCUAGUGUAAGCAUCGCUGUGGACUUAGAAUAUCCUAUUUAUUUUUGUGAUUGAGUGAACCUUAUCAAAUAAGAAGGGGAGGGGAGGGGGAUCCCACACAAGAGGUAAAGAUUUUGGUGUCAUGGCAAAUGUAUUGGCUAGUAAAAAAUAAAAACAGCUGUUUUUUUUUUUUUGGGGUGAAUAACUUUUUUAGGCCCUGUUCAUAAACCGGGUCGUUCCAAAGGUGCUCGCUGGCGUUUUUAAAAAUAUUUUUUUAUUUGUAUUUUUGUUUAGUCAUGUUACCUCAACCUAGCUAGCAAACAACCUGGUUACUUUACCAGUAUAUCAAACAUCUGGGGGCACAGAGGGACAGGAAGGGUUAGCUUCUUCAGGAGAUCAUUGAAUGAAUGAGUGACUUGCAUGUCUCAUCACGAACUUGAUGCUCUUAAAGAGACGGUGUAGAAUUUAAUCAUCUCAAUAGGUAGUGCUUUUUUGACACAAUGUCGAAACCUAGUAUUCCAUAAAUGACUAAUCAAUGGAAGGUUUUUCAAUCAACAUUUUCUUUCUACAGGGUUUAAUAUUAGUUUCUAGAGCUCAACAAUGUGCUUCAAAAGUAGCUUAAAUGAAUUUAAAGCCCAUUAUGCUUCCUCAAACAAAAAAAUACAAAUAUUCUGGUGUGCCUAGAUCAUUUUAAGUUAGGAGCACCAGUGCUACCACUGUUAAUUUAAACCCCAGCUAGAGAGAGUUAGAUGAGAUGUAACCAGGAAUUGCUGCUGUUGUGUUUUUCAACCAUUAUGGCAGGAAAUUGUAGUUGGCUAUUCUAGUUUUCACUUCAUUCAUGAGAACCCACAUACCUCUGCUAGUGAUUUUGCUAUUCAUGUUUUUUUCAUAAAUUAGUGUAAUCUGUGUGUUAGAUGCUCUAUCAUUUCUGAAUAAAGUGUUUCAAGGAGUUUGGGGGCUAGGUGUCGUCUAGAAGACUAAAUCAGAAGGGAGAAAUAUGGAGCAUGCCUUAGAGGUAAACAAAUUGAAACAUGUUUCUUGUGAUGCCUUAAUAUUAUCCAAUGUAUCUUUUUUUGGUUUUGUUUCCUGUCUUUAUGAAAUGACUGUUCUGCAUCUUUGUUGCCCUGUCCAGUAAUAAAGUUGUAACAUUUA